ACGAGUUAAUAAGUGUUAACGGUGUAACCUGAACAUGCCAGCUACCGCCAACGAUAGCAAAAGUGUCUGUCGACCGUGGGUUGCCCCUUCCCCGCAGCGCGUGGGGGGUGCCACCUCCAGCUCCCUUCACCUUCGCACGUUGUUCUGCACAACCAAUGACCGCCCGCCCCGAGCCGGCGAAAGGUUUUAUAUACAAGUAGAAUUUGCACUGCCAAAUUGCUAUAAGUCAAAAUAUAGGGUAGUCGGGCGGUUUAGUCGUCCGCUGGUGGCGCACAUCGGCUCCGAUAUAUAUUUUUUAAAUUCGUGUGCCCGCGCGUGCUGUCACGCCAUCCGUUGGCCAAACUUAUACCACGUUUAGGCAGGCAAAUGCGCGGUGCCAUAGUGCUUUUAUCAUAAUAUUUGAAAAGGGCAACCAAAACUGUGACAAAAUGGGGUGCAGUGCCAGAUACUGUUUACUGACUUUAUCGUUGUGUCUUGUGACUGAACUUGCGUUUGGUGUGAGAGUGAUGCCCAAACGGAAGAAAGAAGCAAUUAGCGCUGCCGACGACCAAUCGACAUCGGCGUCAUGGUGGCAGUCAGGGACAGCCACGCCCUUCCGCGAUAGCAGCAACUCGUUCGCCUCGACUCACGGUCUUGUUCAAACCCAUCCAUCAGGCAGUGACCCUUUCAACUCAUUCGCUGCGAUUGACAGCACAAUUGGUCCUUCCGCAAACCCUUUUGUCCAAACAAGCGGCAGCGGCCCGUUUAGUGGCAAUUUUAGAAACAAUCCUCUACCUCCGCUGGCUAAAACAGCCAAUGGAAAACUUUCCUUGAAACAUUUGGACUUCACUAGCAGUGCUACCGCCGAGCUGAGAAGAAAUCCAGCUCUAUCAGCUCCUGAUGAAUGUGCAAGAGCUUGCAGAGAAAAUGAACCUCCAAGAAUUUGUUAUUAUCAUUUCACUUUGGAAUUCUAUACUGUUUUGGGAGCGGCUUGCCAAGUAUGUACACCCAACGCUACAAAUGUUGUUUGGUCCCACUGUCAGUGUGUACUUGCCGAUGGGGUGGAAAGGGGUAUCCUGUCCGCAAACAGAAUGUUACCUGGACCGUCUAUUCAAGUGUGUGAGAACGACAAAGUAGUUAUUGAUGUAGAGAAUCACAUGGAAGGUAUGGAAGUUACAAUUCACUGGCAUGGAAUAUGGCAGCGUGGCUCUCAAUAUUAUGACGGUGUGCCGUUCGUUACACAAUGUCCAAUUCAACAAGGAAAUACGUUCAGGUAUCAAUGGCAAGGAAAUGCAGGAACCCACUUCUGGCAUGCUCAUACUGGUCUCCAAAAAUUAGACGGUCUCUAUGGAAGCAUUGUAGUCCGUCAACCGCCAUCUAAAGACCCGAAUAGUCACUUGUACGAUUACGACUUGACCACCCACGUAAUGUUAAUCAGUGACUGGCUCCAUGAAGAUGCUGCUGAGAGAUAUCCAGGACGUCUUGCUGUAAACACUGGUCAGGAUCCCGAAAGUGUUCUGGUAAAUGGCAAAGGACAGUUCCGAGACCCCAACACAGGAUUCAUGACGAACACUCCUCUAGAAGUAUUUACCAUCACGCCAGGAAGAAGAUACAGAUUCAGAAUGAUUAACGCUUUCGCAUCCGUUUGUCCAGCUCAGGUUACAUUUGAAGGUCAUAACUUAACAGUCAUAGCUACUGAUGGUGAGCCAGUGCAGCCGGUCCAAGUAAACACCAUUAUCUCGUUCUCUGGGGAACGGUACGAUUUCGUGAUUGAGGCCAACAAUAACCCUGGUGCAUACUGGAUCCAAGUACGAGGUCUCGGUGAAUGUGGUAUUAAGAGAUCUCAGCAGCUCGCCAUUCUGCGUUAUGCUAGAGGACCUUACCAACCUUCAUCUGCUGCCCCAACCUACGACGUCGGAAUCCCACAAGGAGUGGUCAUGAACCCCUUGGAUGCGAGAUGUAAUAUUCCCAGAAAUGACGCAAUUUGCGUCAGCCAACUGAAAAAUGCACGACACAUCGAUCCUGCUAUUCUACAGCCAAGACCUGAUGUGAAAAUAUUCUUGCCUUUCCGUUUCUUCGUUUAUAGACCAGAAAUGUUGUUCCAACCUAACACCUACAAUAGAUAUUUAGUUGCACCACAAGGAGACCACGUGAUUAGUUUAAUCGAUGAAAUCUCCUACAUGGCCCCGCCAGCACCUCUCAUAAGUCAAUAUGACGACAUUAACCCAGAUCAAUUCUGUAACGGCGAUAACCGACCGGCAGAUUGUGGACAGAACUGCAUGUGUACUCACAAAGUCGAUAUUCCUCUGAACGCCAUAGUAGAGAUUGUAUUGGUAGAUGAAGUACAAAUUGCCAACUUAUCUCAUCCGUUCCACUUGCAUGGAUAUGCUUACAACGUUAUCGGUAUCGGCCGAUCGCCAGACCAGAACGUUAAAAAGAUUAACUUGAAGCACGCUCUCGAUUUAGAUAGAAGAGGUUUGCUCGAGCGUCACCUAAAACAGGGGGAUCUUCCACCAGCAAAAGAUACCAUCGCUGUACCAAACAAUGGAUACGUUAUUUUGCGAUUCAGAGCUACCAAUCCCGGUUUCUGGCUACUCCAUUGCCACUUUUUAUUCCACAUCGUGAUUGGAAUGAACGUGGUCCUACAAGUGGGCACACAUGCAGACCUUCCUCCAGUGCCUCCUAACUUCCCAACUUGCGGAGACCAUCUUCCACCCAUCAACUAAACCGGUUCCUAAAACAUAAUAAUUUACGCAAGUGCAACAAUUGGUAUAACAAUUAAUUUUUAUGUUAACUAUGUGUAAUUUUAUGUUUGUUUUGUGUGAUGUGUCGGUAGAUUCGAAGUGCUCGACUCUGCCCUUUGUGUUUCUUUGUAUUCGAAUGUUUCAAUUGAAGUUCAUGCUGGUUUGUGAUUUUAUUUAAAGGUGAUAUUUUUGAGUGAAUUUCGAUUUAAUCUUACGCUUAUUUUGGUGAUACCAGCUUAUUAUUUUGUAUCACCUAUAAUAUCGCAAAGUUGAGGCUCUUACAUGUAUAUCAAUAUAUUUUUGUACAAUUUUUACAUUUUAUUACGAACGCGUCCGUUCUAAGUACUUGCCAUUUAAUAUUUUCACGAAAGUUAUUUAUUGCAUGUAUAUAUUUUAUAUGGUAGCGCCAACGAAAGAGCCACUGCCAAUAAUUGAGUGAACUUAGUGUACAGAAAUUUUUAGAAAUUAUCAACUGGAAUCCUUUUAAUUGCAUGACAUAUUAAUGAAACUAGUUAAGAGUGGCUCACAUUUAUCGGUGUCCUUUAUUAUAUUAUGUAUUAUACAUACACAUACACAUACAUACAUACAUAUAUUAAGAUAUUUAAGGUCCUUCCUCGGUUUCCGAACACGUAAUUGCAUAAAGAAGAACAUUUUGAAAUUGUAAAUAUUUAUUAAAUCUGCAAUACUUGUAAAUACACGUAAAACGAGUUUCUAAGACAGAUCCCACACCCAAAACGACGAAGACUGCUUACAACCAUAUUAAUAUAUACAACCUUCAACGGUUAACAAUCGUUACCAGACAUGUUACCUUAUUAAUUUAAGAACCGAAUUGGAAAUAUCGAAUCAAUUAUCGAAAUAUAUUUCUUUAAGUGGAAAAUAAAUUUAAAAUUUAUAAUAUUUUAAUUUUAAGGCGAAUAUACAUGCAGAAUUUUCGUAUUUACCUACUCCUAAGAAAAUUUGUAAAUUUUUUUGUACCACUUAAUAAAAUCUAUUUAAAAUA